GGGACUGCCCUUGGCUCAGCAUUCUCCCCUCACUCUCCCAUAGAUAUCGAUGAGUGCAGCUACUCCAGUUACCUCUGCCAGUACCGCUGCGUCAAUGAGCCAGGCCGCUUCUCCUGCCACUGCCCGCAGGGCUACCAGCUGCUGGCCACACGCCUCUGCCAAGACAUUGACGAGUGCGAGUCGGGGGCGCACCAGUGCCCUGAGGCCCAAACCUGUGUCAACUUCCAUGGAGGCUACCGCUGUGUUGACACCAACCGCUGUGUUGAGCCCUACGUCCAGGUGUCUGACAAUCGCUGCCUCUGUCUGGCCUCCAACCCCCUGUGCCGGGAGCAGCCUUCAUCCAUCGUGCAUCGCUACAUGAGCAUCACCUCCGAGCGGAGCGUGCCUGCCGAUGUGUUCCAGAUCCAAGCGACCUCCGUGUACCCUGGGGCUUACAACGCCUUUCAGAUCCGUGCCGGAAACUCACAGGGGGACUUCUACAUUAGGCAAAUCAACAACGUCAGCGCCAUGCUGGUCCUCGCCCGGCCGGUGACUGGCCCCCGGGAGUACGUAUUGGACCUCGAGAUGGUCACCAUGAACUCCCUCAUGAGCUACCGGGCCAGCUCUGUACUGAGACUCACCGUCUUCGUGGGGGCCUACACCUUCUGAGGAGUGGGUGGGGGAGCCCUCAGGGAGGGGGCAGUUCCCUGUAGCUGAGGAGCCUGGGGCUCAGGGAUGACUGUGUUCUGCUAAAAGGGGAGAUGCUGUUGUGAAAGGUAGACAGAGAAAGGCAAUAAAGGGAGAAAGAAGGAGUCCUGGUGGCUGUGGGGUGGGUAACACUGUAGUGAACCCCAGACUGGGGAAGGGGCCAGGCUUGUGAAAGGUGGGCUAAGUCCACUCAAAGUAGGGGCGGGGGGCUCUGCUUAGGCUGAGGAGGCCCUGUUGAUGCAAGCUGGCAGCUGCGUCCCCAAGGCUGGGGUUUGGCCAUCAGAAUCACCCUGAGAAGAGAGGAGGUACUGAGGCUGGAGACUCCAGGCUACGGCCCAGAAAUCUGGGCUUGGCGAGUUGGCAGGGGCCCUGAGAAGCCCUGCUCUAAAUAGUGCCCAGAGGCGCUGUGUUUCAUUCCUAGCUUGGCCUCAAAUGUUCACUUUGCACAAACCCAAGUAGCUCCCUGGCCUGUUUUCCAAUCCAUAAAAUGAGAGGCAAUUGGAUCAUUAGUGUUUUCCAAGCUCUUAUCAAAGGCCAAUUUACGUCAUCAGGGAACUCUGAUGACAGAGACUAGAUUCAAAGUUGCAGUGCCUCACUGACUCUGUCUCCCUAG